GUACAGGAAACAUUUAUAAUACAGAUGUUUCAUAAGUGAUAACAUAUUAUACAAGUGAAACGUAUAUAUGUUUAUAUCGCCACAUAAUAUUUCUAAAUUCCUAUAUUCCUGGUUUUCCAUAUCCUUACAUUUCUAAUUCCCUAGAUUCCUACUUCAUUUAAAUACCUAUAUACCUAAGUUAUAAUAUUUUAGAAUAUUCACAAAUCCAAAUCUAGUAAAAAAUAAAAGAUCACCGGGUGUGUAUGUUCAGUAUUAAAAGCAUAAUGGUCUUUGCACAUUGUUUUUGAUUAUAAAAUAUAUUUGGGCCGACAUGCGCACAAUGAAUGGUUCACACCACGUGUAACCGUGAUCAACGUAUAACGAUAACCUCAUUGCUGUAAAGUUGAAAUGUUAUACAUACAUUAUUUAUAUUACAUAGAAAGUUGUAAUUACGACAUAAAAUAUUAAAAAAAAGUUUAGAUUAGGAUUACAAAGAAUGUGAAAGAAUAUUGUAAUGCACAUGUAUAAUUGAAUGCAUUAAAGUGAAACUCAAAAGUAUACAAAAUGGUUUUAUCAGUAGAACUAUUGAAACGGCUCAAUGCAGAUGAAGAACCUUUAUCUAAACGUUUAAAACUGGCAGAAAAUGCGUUUCAUGCUAUUGAAAUACCAAUAGUACGCAAAGAUGAUCUUAUUUUACAAUGGGUUUGUAAAAUAUGUGCUGGAGAUCAGCAGGCUUGGAGUUUGUUACAAAGCUGUUUGGAAUCCAAAUGUUUGGAUAUUAAAAUUGAUGUAAAAAGAUUAUUAAUUAAUACAAUUAUUGAAACAUUGCAAAAAGAUACAAAAGAUAUAUGUAAUGAUCUGUUCAAAUGUUGUGAAUUAUUAGUUUCUAAUGAUACAAUGCAACAAUAUUUCAUUAACAAACCACAAGAAUUUGGACUUUUAAUAAAGUCUUUAUUAGAAUGCACUUAUAGAAUUUUUAAAUACAAUUUCAAUGCAGGAGAACAAUUAGUGGAUGAAAUAAAUACAGAAUUCAUUAUUAAAAGUAAUGAUCUAACAUCAAGAGCUUAUAAUACAGUAGUUAUUGUUAUAGAAAUUAUGAUUCAUAUUUUUAAAACUAGUUAUGCUAUAAAGGAUGAGUUAAGAAUCAUAUUUAUGCAAGAUAUUUUAUAUCCUUUAUGUGCUAUAAUUGAUCAUAAAUGUAUAGAUAAUACUAACAGAUUAGGUGCAGUGACAUACAAAUGCAUUCAGCAAUUAAUUUUUGGGAAGAAGUAUAUACAAAAUAAAGAAUUCAUAGAAGAUGAAAAUGCAAAACAAUUUGAAGAUUUAUUAUCUAUUUUAGCAAAAAAUGCAAAGACUGCAGAUCUUCAAAGUAAUUUGAUGACAUUUACCUUUUUCUUUCAUGCUGCAUUAAAUAGUUUCAAGUUAGACAAUGCCAUAUUGGAUUUUAUAUUAAGAGAGUUAGUAAACUGUGCUGGGAUAUACAAAAAAGAAAUUUUGAAUUCAUUUUUGAAAAAUUUAGGUGAUACAACAUUUAAUUUUGAAAAUAAAAUACAUAAUGUUACAUUAUUUAAUUACUGUCAAAAUAUAAUAGACAAUAUUUUAUCAAGUGAAACUAUAAGUAGAAUAGAUUAUGAUCUUCUAACACAGUUUUGUUAUUUUAAUCCUCUCAUAAUUGAGAAAAAUAUUAAAGGUAUACUGAAAAAGGUAUUCACAGAAAAAUUAGAGCCAGAAUGUACAAAAUUAAUUACCUCUAUAAUGGAUGUUUGUAUACAUCUAAGACAGGAGGAAAAAAUAGUUUCAGCAAUAUUGUUAGUUUUAAAAGAUUGUUUAAAUAAAAUACCAAACAAAGAAAUUAAUAUAUUUUUUCCUAAUGAAUUCAAAGAAAAAUUUUUGAAAGCAGUAAAUAAUAUUACUAAUUUGCAAAAUAUAAAUAUAUUACGAACAUUAAUAUAUCAUUUAAAAACUGAUUGUAUGGAAAUGUUACAAUCUAAUGAUACCUGUACAGGUAAUAAUUGUAAAAAUAUUGCAAUAUUACAAGCAACUGUUGAAUUACUCUGUAUAUAUUUAGAUGGUAUAUGUGUUUUUGAAUAUUCAGGAACAUUAAAUUUUCAUACAAAAUACAUAAAUAAUCUUAAUGAGUUAAAAAGUAUUUUAUCACUUUUAAUAGUUCAAGCACUACGUUUGAAUUAUAAUGAAGAAGUUACUGUAAUAUUAUUAGCUGCUAUAUUUUCAUGGAACGAAAUGCAAAGGGCACUCAAAUAUUAUGUGCCAAAAAUUGUUCCACAAGACUUUAAAUUUCCGAUUUCGGAAGAUCAGUGGCAACAAUUGGUUCAAAGAAUCACAAAUUUUGGAAAAAAUAAUAGCAAAGACAGUAUGAAUAAAGUUAUUUUACAACAAGCUAAAGUAUCCCAAAGUACAGUAAACGCAUCUUCAGUGAUGUGUAACAAUUUAAUAGGCGGUUUAGAACAUUCUUGGCCAUAUAUAUUAAAAUUUGACACAGAAAUAAUACUACUGUUGAAUAAUGAACAGAUAUUCAAAUUAGCAAAUUUAUUGUUGAUACAAAUGUUGCACAAUGCAGAGAGUUUUUGCGAAUGGAUAAAAGUGUUACAUAAAGAGAGCAUACAAGAUAACAAGAGACUAGUACUGUCUAUAUCAAAUUGUGUUUUCAUUCAAAUUGGACAUUUUAUAGCAGAAGGAGUAACAAAAUCGAUAAGUAAAUAUUUUCAUACAGAGUUUUUGCUUGAAGCAGAAAUGAAUGAUAAUGAACAGAUAAAGAAUAUACUAAUAUAUAUGAAGGAGGAGAUGUCAAAGGAGAAAUGGAUGUAUAUGGAUGACAAAUCUUUAACAAAACUUAAAAUGCAUUUAGAAAUAUUACAUCAUUUGCCUAUAUCAUUUUUAAAUAUUAAAGUCAGAACAGCAAUGCUUUUGUUUAUAUUAGCUCUUAAGGUAGAGUGCUGCCACAACACUGAAAUAAUUUCAUCAUGCAAUAUAAUACUUACAGCAGAAACAAAAAUAACUAAAACUGUAAUGAAAACAGUACCAUCAAAAAUAACAGAAAUUGAUGACAUGAAGAUACUAAAUUUAAUAUUAAGAAUAAAUAUUACAAAUGAAGACAUUGAUGAAAAAUUGAAAAGUUUAGCACAAUCUACACUUAAUGAUAUAUUCAUGAAUGAUGAUAAAAACAUAGUUACAAAUGAGAUGUUGCAACAUGGAUUACAAUUAGCAUCUAUUGUCCUUCAUAAUCAAAAAAUAUUUCAAAUUACGAAUCAGACAUUGAGAGAAAUAUGGUUUACCUCCUUCAAGCAUCCAUGUAUCGAUGUAAUUUUACCUUUAUUAGAAUCAAGCGAACCAAAAGAAUUUCAGGAAUUGCUUGAACAGUUACAUAAUCAAGUGAUCAAAAUUCUUUCAAGUACACAAGAAAGUGAUAUGGAAAGUAUUUGUAUUAUAUGGAAUUCUAUACUAAAAACAAAUAUGUCUAACAAUAGAAAUAAAUUACGCUUAUUAGCUAUCAAUAAGUUAAUUCAAACAAUACAAACUGUAAAUAUACACGAAAAUCUUUGGCCAAAUUUAUUGAAAUUGAUUCAGGACAUUAUUUCCAAUAAGUAUUUAUAUCUUCCUGGUUAUAUUAUUGAUAUGUGCAUAUUUCUUGGAUUGAAAUCAUUGCAAAAAGCUACCAUAAUAAUUUGUAAUGAAACAUUGACAUUAUGUAAUGUAUUAAUUAAAAUGAGAACAAGUUUAGUUGUAGAUAGAUUACCUGCGUUGUUAUUACUAUACAGACACAUAUUAAACAUUGUUGUACAUAAAUCCAAAACUAUUGUUAAUAGAUCUGAAGAAUAUGUAUUUAAAUGUUUGGCACUGGAUAUUGAAAAGUUCACAAAUUCGUUAACGAAACUAAAGAAAGAAUUAAUUCGUAUAGGCCCUUAUCUGCUAGCAAAUUUGUUGGAGCUAUUUUCAGAAGCCUCAAUAGCAAUUUUUAUCAAAGUUUCUUUACAAAAUUGUAUAAAUCAUUUAAUAAGUAUAUGUGAUCAUCAUGGAAUUGCUUUAUUAACUCGAACAUUACCUGUUUCAAUGCAAGAAGUAUUUAAGGUACAAUUAAGUGUAUAUAACAAAUUUUAUAAAUUCUCUGGUAAAAUUUAAAUCAUAAUUUUAUAAUAAUAUUGUCAGUAAAAAAUGUACUAAUUGUUGAAAGU